AUGGGGAGUACGGGUGAAGCUGAUCGAAAGCGACGUCAUAUUAGCUCUAUAUCACCGACUGCCGCUACUGUGAAGAAACACCCCUUCGUGCCCAUAUCCGAGGAUAAAAAGCAUUUAUGCCAAGAAUUAAAUCUAGCAGAUCAGUUCGACUUCAGAGUCUGCAAUUUUGACGAAGAGGAGCCAGAGAAGGAAGUAGAGCCAUUAGAAUCAGCUACAUCCAAUACUGCAGAGGAUUCAUCUUCAGAGCCACAGAAUCAAACAAAUUAUACACCUGUCUGUAUCGGGCCAGAAGUAGAUCUCAUUCCUGCUAUACCUAAGGAAGAAGCUGGUACAAAUCUUUUUAAUAUGUACUCAGAUGAUAAGAAUAAGGUAGAUGCUGGAGGUGCAUGCACUCAGAAAGUUGGAAAGUGUGUUCUUCGUUCUAAAAAAAUUACAUUAGACAUUUGA